UGUGACGUUUCAGGGUCAGUAAAGUACGAGUCACCGUGGACAGUUAUCGCGUUCAUCUGGAGCUAAAUAUUUCCACAUACGGAGAUAAAAAAAACAAAACCUGUAGGACAUACACCAUGCCAAACUGGGGUGGAGGCAACAAAUGCGCCGCAUGCUGUGGGACAGUUUACCAUGCUGAAGAGGUGCAGUGUGACGGAAAGAGUUUCCACAAGUGCUGUUUCCUCUGCAUGGUCUGCAGGAAGGGCUUAGACAGCACCACACUGGCUAUUCAUGACAAGGAGAUCUACUGCAAGUCAUGUUAUGGCAAGAAGUAUGGCCCAAAAGGCUAUGGAUAUGGACAGGGGGCGGGCACCCUCAACAUGGACAGAGGAGAGCGGCUGGGAAUCAAACCUGAAGAGACACAGACUCACAGACCCACCACCAACCCCAACCCGUCCAAAUUUGCCCAGAAGUUUGGAGGUGCAGAGAAAUGUGCUCGGUGCGAACAGUCGGUCUACGCAGCUGAAAAGAUCAUGGGCGCGGGCAAGCCGUGGCAUAAGAACUGCUUCCGCUGUGCAAAGUGUGGCAAGAGCCUGGAGUCGACUACGCAGACUGAGAAGGAAGGAGAAAUCUACUGCAAAGCGUGUUACGCCAAGAACUUCGGCCCCAAAGGGUUUGGAUAUGGCCAAGGAGCUGGUGCUCUGGUUCAUGCUCAGUGAUAGUUGACCUGGAAUCAGACCGUCUUCACUUGGACACAUUCCUCUGUGCUACUUUUAACUUCUUUUUCUUUUUUUACCUUAAAUGUUCAAAUGCAGAAACAAUUGCUCAAAAAACUCAUUUACAAACCAAACCACGACUUCACAUUUGACUGUAUUUUAUUAUUAAAGCCAUUAAAACUGAA